AGUAACAGCGUUUCUAUGCAUGAAAGACACCCAACUAGAUGAAAUAAAUGCAUGAUGCACAAGGUCUGACGCCGAGCUGCAGUUGUACUUCUCCCGUCAGACGGCUCAGAGACCAGUGUAGGAUCGGUCCCUGCCGCAUCGUUGGUGAAACUGCAUCCGCAUUUUUUUGAAACCCGAUUUCCUGCUCUUACCUUUCCUGCUCACUGUUGGGAACCAUCAGCGCUGGGUGCACUCGUGUUACAUAUUUCUCUGUGGCCAGUUUUUUUUUUAUAUAUAUUGACCCCCGUUUCCUGCGUUUUCUUGCCGGUAAGAAACAAUGGGGAAACAGAACAGCAAACUGGCCCCUGAAGUUAUGGAGGACUUGGUAAAGAGCACAGAGUUUAAUGAACAUGAACUUAAACAGUGGUACAAAGGAUUUCUAAAGGAUUGUCCAAGUGGAAGGCUUAAUUUGGAUGAGUUUCAGCAGCUGUAUGUAAAGUUUUUCCCAUAUGGUGAUGCCUCUAAAUUUGCCCAACAUGCCUUCAGAACCUUUGAUAAAAAUGGAGAUGGAACGAUUGACUUCAGAGAGUUCAUCUGUGCAUUGUCUAUCACAUCAAGGGGGAGCUUUGAGCAAAAGCUGAACUGGGCAUUCAACAUGUAUGAUCUGGAUGGUGAUGGAAAAAUUACAAGAGUUGAAAUGUUGGAGAUUAUUGAGGCUAUUUACAAAAUGGUGGGCACUGUCAUUAUGAUGAAGAUGAAUGAGGACGGUCUCACGCCUGAGCAAAGGGUAGACAAGAUUUUCAGCAAGAUGGAUAAGAACAACGAUGACCAGAUAACACUGGAUGAGUUCAAAGAAGCUGCGAAGAGCGACCCCUCCAUUGUACUACUCCUCCAGUGUGACAUUCAGAAAUGAGCUGGAAUCAGUUCAUAAAGGACUGCACAGAAGUUAAAUGUUCCAUUCAGUUUGCAGCUAUCCAACGACACGAAAAUAAACAGCAUAAAAAAUACAAAAAAAUAUUGCUUGGACUACCUUUAAAUGGACUCGCUUCUUGUGUUUGAAACACUUGUGUGCAUGAGAAUGUUAUUUGCUAAAGAAUUUUAAAAUAUAUAUAUAUAAUAUAUAAAAUAUAUUAUUAAAAAAAAAAACAACUGCCAAAUGUGAAGUGUGCAAAGUCAUUAUCAUCGAACCCUAACCCCUCAGAAGCUUGUGCAUCAGUAAUGUGCUGCGUUGAAAUAUGCUAUUUAGUGUUCAUGUUUACUGAUGCUAGCUGUGUGUUUCAUAUACAGAGUAAUAUUAAUGAUCCUCAAUUCCCAUGGUAACAUUACCGUUUCUAAUAAACCGUUUUUCCAUUCUUCUCUCAAUUAGAAUUGGACAAAGAGAUGGAUUCUUACAUUCAUCAGCCUGCUAUUCUCAAAUGUGCUUGUACUGUUUGUGAAUAUAAAUGUAGUUUAUUUGCAUGCCUUUAGGUUCUGCCUUAAUUCAUUUCUCAUUUCCAUUCUGUAAAUUAAAGAAAGACAAAGCCUUAUCAAUAAACAUACAUUUCAAUAAUUAACAAAAAAGAAACAAAACAACUUGCAGGUCCACUAUUAAAAAUAAAAUAAAGAAAACUACACAGUAUUUAGUGUUUGGGAUGCUAGGAGUAAUUUGUUCAAAUAUCAUACAGUGGGAGCAUGUUUCUUUAUUUAAAGAAGAAGAAAAAAAAAGAAAAGUUGUUUGUAUUGCUAAUUUAUUCUCUUCAUUCAUGAGCACAUCCUCCCCUUUCAUUUUUAUUAUUCUUUUUUAAUUUCCAAGGCAGUGAUUUGGCUAUUGACAGAGAGAUUAAACUAAACCUGGGCAUCUUUCAUGCAACACAUAGCCUUUUUCUGUCUCGUGACUGGAAACCCCAGUUUAUGGGUGGAAAUUCUUUUUAUUGGGCCUCCAGAGCAUUACUCAGUUAAAAUAAGUCUGUACUUUGAAUCUAAUAUUCUGAAAUACAUGAUCUGAAUAAUUUUGUGGUGAUUGAUAUAUUUAUUAUUAGAACAAUAUGUCACCUACCUCUUUCUUUUGAAUAAAAAAAAAAUAAUAAUCGUCAGUGUAUUGCAUUCUAUAAAUAUUGAAAUAAAUGCCAUUUCACAUCCACCUUUCCCCUAUAAGCAUUAACAAUAUUUUUACAAGUUUUGUGCCAAAGGAUGAUAAAGCAUUGUAUACAAUAAAGUACAUGUGGACUUCUUUCUUGCUUUUCUCUCUCUAUAUAUAUAUUUUGCUUUCUGUCUCGUUUCAGUGUCCAACAUGUUAUACGAGAAAAACUUCGAAAUGCAAUUCUUUUGUCCCCAUUUGUAAAAUCCAAUCAUUUCCAGUACGCCAUUGUUUGUUGCUCUCUCCCCUAAGCCAGUUCAGGAGCAUUGCCGUUCUCCUCUUUACAGUAUUUUUUUAAAAGCCCUUUACCAGCCCAUUUAAAGGGAGCCGAGUCACCUUUCACUGAAGAUGCAGUCUUACGAAUGAUAGCUAAAUCCGUUUUGCACCAUUCAUUUGUAUCACAGCAAUACGAUUUGUCACUUUAAAACAAUAAUGGAAUGCAUUUCUACAGUUUUGUGUAUAGUUUAAAAAUGAAAAAGGCAUUUAUAGCAAUCCAGUCUAUUGUGCUACCAGUUUCUUCAAAUCCUUCUAAGGGGCGGCACACCUUAUGAACCCCUUCCUCGCCAGAACAGGGGAUGAAAAAGUGUUUGUUGGUUUUGUGGUCUGUGUUGGUGUUGGUUUAGUCGACUGCAUCAGUAAGAAUGAUUUGAAGACAAGGUUUAGUGCGGAAUGGGCAGGAGCAUUAGGGGAUGAUAUCUAUCGUGCUUUACCUGAGUAGGUGUAAGAGGUGCUAACAGAAAUACACAAGACUAGCCCAGAGAGACACAAAUAGAAAGAAUUAACUUGACAAGGAGGUGGUUUGAUAGAAACAAAAAAGGGUGAAAUCAGUGGGACCCAUUCAAAUCUCAUCCCCCCUCAUGGGCACCAAACUCUUGCCUUUGGUUUCUUUUUCAAAGUCUGGCCUCUUUAAAGGAUGACUACUUGACACUGAUAUCUAAAUAUCUAUGCCUAGUGACAAUUUCUGUUCAAUAUGACAAUGUAUUGUAAUGAAAAAUCUAAUUCUGACACAUGUAAAGUGUAAAGGAUUUUUUUUUUUACAUGUAGCAUGUGAUGUCUCCCUUAAUGACAUGGCUGCACUAUACCUUGUGUUGUGAAUCAAAAUAAUAAACAUCUAUGGGCUGUUUUCUGAA